AUGGAUCGCCAAGCAUGGGGAAGUCAUACACUACUGCGAGGACCGUUGAAUGUUGGCGGGGCAGCUGCAGAGAUCAGAAGUAUCAUCAAGAGCAUCAAGAUUGAAACCACGAUCCGUCUUCGUCGCGCAAUCCAUACACCCGAUGCAUCUCUCGUAAAACGAAUCCUCAAAUCCCAUCCCAAUCUCCUUCAUAAUCCCGAUAUCUCACCUCACGGUCUCUCAAACACAUCUCUACAUCUAGCCUCCUCUCUCGGACAUCUAGAAGUGGCAUCUCUCCUUCUCUCUCUCGGUCAUGAAUCCUUAUCCAUUUCACUCAAUGAAGAACAUCAAACUGCGCUCAUGCUCGCUGCUGGUGCCGGCCACACCGACAUUGUAAAUCUUCUCUGUUCCCAAGGUCCCUCCGUAUCUGGUAUUCUCAGAAGAGAUAUCCGAGGUCGAGAUGCAAUCAUGUAUGCCAGUCGUGGAGGUCAUGAUACUUGUCUACAAAUCCUCUUGACGUGUGCAGCGGUGUACAAAGAUCCGGAAGCAGUACUUGCAAAUGCUGAUGUGGACGGAAACACGGCAUUGCAUUUUGCAAGUAGUAAUGGACAUAUGCUGGUACUAAGAACAUUGUUGGCGGCGGGUGCGAAUGCAGAGAUGAGAAAUGUGUGGAAGUGGACUCCGAUUGCUUACAGUGCUACGAUACAAGCGGAAGUUUAUUUUAAGAAGUUGGUGAGUGAAGUCGAGAAGAGGAAGGAGAUGAGAGUGGAGGUUAAGAAAAGUUCUAUCCAAUCUAGUUUUGGUUUUGGUAGGGGAGAGAAGAAAGGGGCGGGCGUCAGGAUUGUGCAGGUUGAUGAUUGA